UUCUCCAUUAUCGCAAUGGAAGGAAGAGGAAACGUCUUUUCCAUCCUUUCGGAGUGUUUUGUCGUGAAUUGGUUCAUGUUUUUUACGACACGUGUAAAAAAAAUAUCUGGACUAAAGUGUUUAAAAUUUAUACUUGUUUUUAAAAGAUUAUUAAGGCCAGGAAACAGCAAUCUCGAUUGGCUACAUCGUUACUGAUAUCAAAUAAAAUGCGAUUGGCCGAUGUUUUUUUGGUUGAUGAUAUUCAAUAUGGCGUAUUUACUUUCGCAUAGAUAUUUCGCAUCGUCCGGUUAUUUCUCGGAGAUACAUUUCUGAUCUCUCUUCGUCGAGUACUAUAUCUCUACAGCUACUGCAGCAUAGUUUCCUAUCUACAGUGCUCGUAGAGUUAGUUUUUGCGCGUCAAUUGCGGCGAGAUUUAAGUUUUGCUUUUAGGUUAUAUGCUAUUUAUACAAUAGUGUCGCAAAAGGUGAUGAGUUAGUACCUGUAUCGUCGUCCACGGGAAUCUUUCUUAAGGUACAAUGAUUGUUUGCGCGGCCAACGGAUGUCCCUCCACCCAGAGUAUGAGGAUAGACGGCAAUCCGGUAUCGUUUUUUCCUUUUCCAGGCGAUGAUCUCAGGAAGACUCAAUGGCUUCACAAUUGCAAUUUAGCAUCGGGUAUCAUAAACGAUAAGAAGCCCCUGCAUCUCUGCGAGUUACAUUUUGAAAGAAAUUGCUUCACCGCAUCGAGGGAUUUGAAAUCAAACUCUGUACCUACCCUGUUUGGUAGAAUAGAAGAACCUCCAAAAAAACUAAAUACAAUUGAAAAUGUAUUAGAAAAAGAACCACAAGAAGAGCUACAAAAAGAACCAUUAAAACAGAAGAAGUUAGAUGAACAUUCGCAUACUUUAGUGACACCGCCACAAAGUCCAUUCACGCAAGAUAAUACUGAAGAUACAACUAGUGGAAAUAAAACAAAUAUAUCAGUUGAUGAAACAAUAACUAUAAAUGGUUCUGCCACAUCAAGUACUGUAUUGCACGAGACUCUUCAAACAAAGUCAAAGUCAUAUCGUUUGAUAAUACAAAUCGACAAAAUACGAGGUAAACCAGGCCCAAAAUGUAAAAAAUUGCCUUUGAUAAUGCUUAAUAAUGAUAAAAAGAUGACAAGUGAACAAGACACGAAGAAGCUUCGACCAUUAUAUAUUAAAAAGCCUUGUAUGCAGGGUUCGUGUAAAUUGAAAAGAUGCGUAUACAAUUCAAAACUAGCAUUUCAAUGUGAAAUAUGUGAUAAAUAUUAUGUUGCAAAGAAAGAGGUCGAAAACUACUCUUGCACUAUAUGUAGCAAAACUUUUCCUAAUCCACAAGCAUUAUAUAUGCAUCUUAGAAAACAUUUUACAUGUGAUAUCUGUGAGACAGAAUGCAGCUCUCAAACGAGUUAUGACAAACAUGUAAAAUUACAUGUUAGUAUUGAUCCAUCAAGUCCAUACAAAUGUCAUCAGUGUAAAAAAACAUUCGAACUCAAAGACAGUGUUAAACAACAUUGUUUGGAGCAUCCUAAAAUAAAAUUACAGAAGUCUCUUCUUCAAGUUUCACCUAUAACUACAAUAAUCCCUCAACGAAAUGAUUAUCGAUGUAUGAACUGUAAUAUUAGUUUCAAAAGUGAUCUAGCAUACAGGAAUCAUUUAAGUUCUCAUGGAAAGAAAGAAGGCUUAAGUUGUAAUAUUAGUGAGACCAACAAAAUAAUAUCGGUGCCGAAUCCUUUAACUGGAAGUCAAAUAGGUAUUCUUCAAGCAGUAAAAUUCAGCUGUCGAGUAUGCUCUAAAGAAUUCGAUAAUGUUGGAGAAGUUGACUUACAUACAAGGACUCAUUUGGACAUCGAGGAAGAUCACAAAUGUAACAUCUGUAAGAAAUCUUUCAAGAGCAGUUUGGCUUUUAGCGAACAUUUGAAAGAACACUUGGCGCGUGCACAUCCUUGUCCAAUUUGCUCGAAAGCUUUCAUCAACAAAACUACUUUAAAGAUACACUUAAAAACGCACUCCUAAUUUGUAAAUAGUAAGAAAUUUUUAUUUUGAUUAUUUUAUUUGGAUAAAUAUACCCAAAUAAAAAAUAGAAUAUUAUGUAAACAUUUUUUAAAGAACUCACACAUGUAAAAUACAAUAUUUGAAUAUUAUCAACUCAUAUACAGUCAAUGUAUUACUUAGAUUAAUUUCUAAUAUCAUAUAAUGCCAUAAUAUUAAAAGUUUUGUUUUUACAAAACACAUCUAUGUUUGUAAAACUGAAAUCUAUUGCAUUAGCUAUUAAUUUGUUAAGUAUAUUUUAUAAAUAGAACUGUAUUUUCAUGUGUGUUAUAAUUAUUUUUUAAAAAUAGAUAAUAUUAUGUAGUUUAAAUUCUCGUGUUAUGAUAAGAUAUGACGCAUUAUAAGUCAGUUUAUAAGAAAAAUCUCAUAUGUGUAUAGCGUCUUUUAUUUUAAGAUCUAAUUGAAACUUUUCAUUGCUAGAAAUUUUUCUUAUUUUGUUUUAAUACAUUGUUUUUUAUUCUAGUAUAUGAUGAAAAUUUCUUCAAUUUUUUCGUUAAUUUGGUAGUUUUAUCAUGUAUAAUUAU